AUGGCAAGCGAGCUUGAAAGCGAUCACUUGGACUCCACUUUGACAGCGGAACCAGCAGCGAGCUCGGGCGACAACCACGAGCACCAAAACAAUCCCAAGGAGACCCAGCGGGCCACCGAGGAAGGCGAGCCGAGCAUCGACGACGAUGCCAAGAAAGUCGUCGAGGCUCCGCCACCCAAAGUCAACGCGUGGACCCGGAGGACGACGGGCAGGGUGCCGCUGCACAACGUCCACCCGUCGGCCUCGCAGGACCGAGAUCAGCAAAACGCUCUGAAGGUCGUCCGUGCCAGUAAACCCAGGACCAGAAAAUCCAGCAAGUCCGGAGACUUUGGGGACAUCACCAACUGGCCAACUCCCGGUGAACUAGCCAAGGAGCAGCAACAGAAUGUGGUGAACAACAACGGCAACAACAACAACAUCGGCGGUGGCAACAACGCUGGCAAGAAGCUGACGUCUUCCCGCCGGGAGAAGGAAAAGAAGCGGGAGCGACCUGACAGGAAGUCUGAAAGCAGCCACGACGAUGGUGGCGGCGCAGGCGAGAGCAAAGAGAACCGCCAGACACCCGCCCGGCUGCCUGAUGGCGACGAUACUGCGUUGGGACGGGAUGCCAAGGGCGGCAGCCCCAAGAAAAGAGGAGGUUGGCGGAGGGACUUUGGAGAUGACGCAGCCGGCUCGAGGAUCGACGCCGCUGGCCGUGGGGGCCUUCGUGGUCGGGGCAAAGGUCGCGGACGUGGGAGAGGGCGUGGCAGAGGCCGCUUUGAGUACUCACAGGGUUACCGCGACGGUACGGAUGGUGGCGGCAUGGAGUUCGGAAGCGGAAUGGUUUACUACUACGAUGACGGAAACGAAGUGCAGAUGUACCCUGUGAACGAGAAGCUUCUUAAAGAGUACAUCAAACGACAAAUCGAGUACUACUUCAGUUUGCACAACCUGGAGCGAGACUUUUUCUUAAGGAGAAAGAUGGACGCUCAGGGCUUCCUGCCCAUCUCGCUGAUUGCCAGCUUCCACCGCGUGCAGGCGCUCACCACCGACGUGGGUCUCAUUGUGGAGGCCCUGAAGAACAGCAAAGAGGUGGAGUUGCUGGACAACGACAAGGUGCGCUGCAAAGUGGAGCCCGAGCGCUGGCCCAUCCCGGCGCCGCCCCCUGCCCCGACGCCACCCACGAUUGGCUCGCCAAGAACAGACUUCUCGCAGCUGGUCCACUGUCCUGAAUUCGUCCCCCGACAGAGCAUCACCCUCGUUCAUGCUGCUUCAUCGCCAGUGAAGGAGACCCAGACUAAACCUGGGGAGAUUAAAGAUCCUGCAGAGGGGUCCCAAGUUAGCAGCCAAGCGCCAGUCCCUCCUCUGGAUGCUCCCAAAGAUUCCCCCGACGCCUGGAUCCAGGUGGAGAAACGUCACCGACACACGUCCGGUAAAACAAAGGACCGUGGCCAAGCACCGCCCUCCCAGCAACAGGAGCGCAGCGUUGCUGAGCCCGACCAGGAGGAGCUGGACUUCAUGUUUGACGAGGAGAUGGAGCAGAUGGCACCUCGCAAGAAUCGCUUCACUGACUGGUCGGACGAGGACGACUCUGAUUACGAGCUGGACGACCGAGACGUAGACAAGAUCCUAAUUGUCACGCAGACGCCGCCGUACCUUCGCAAGCACCCGGGUGGCGACCGCACUGGCCACCGCGAAUCGCGCGCUAAGCUGACCGCUGACCUGGUCAAGGCCAUCAACGACGGCCUAUACUACUAUGAGCAGGACCUGUGGAAGGAUCAGGAGCAAACCGACUGCACCAAGCAGGAAGUGGAGAACUUCAAGAAGCUCAGCGUCAUCAGCCAGGAUGAGUUUGACACGCUCACGCCAAAAGUGCCUGUGGACCCCAACCAGGAAGCACCGUCCCCACCACCCACUGAGCCAGGCGAGAUGGAAAUGGCCCGCUCGCUGCCUAAAACGGUGCCGGAGUCGCCCAGUGUCCACCCUCCCAGGACCCCCAGGACACCACGUACCCCUGGGCGCCAGGACCCCAACAAGGCACCGCGAUUUUACCCAGUGAUGAAGGAGAGCGGUGCCGUUGACGGACAGAUGCCCAGGAAGAAGAAGACUCGGCACAGUUCCAACCCACCACAGGAGGCGCACAUAGGCUGGGUGAUGGACUCGCGCGAACAUCGACCGCGCUCUGCCUCCAUUAGCAGCUCCAACGCCUCGCCCUCGGAAGGUGCCCCACUGACUGCAAGCUAUGGCUGCACGCCGCAGUCACUGCCCAAGUUCUGGCAUCCCUCGCACGAGCUGCUUCGGGACAACGGCUUCACGCAGCAGGGUUACCACAAAUACAGACGACGCUGCCUUAACGAGCGUAAACGACUGGGGGUGGGCCAGUCGCAGGAGAUGAACACUCUGUUCCGGUUCUGGUCCUUCUUCCUGAGGGACAACUUCAACAGGAAGAUGUACGAGGAGUUCAAACAGUACGCGUUGGAGGACGCCAAAGACAACUAUAGGUACGGGCUGGAGUGUCUGUUUCGGUACUACAGCUAUGGCCUGGAGAAGCGGUUUCGAUCAGACCUGUUCAAGGACUUCCAGGAGGAAACCCUGAGGGACUUUGAGAAAGGUCAGCUGUAUGGGCUGGAGAAGUUCUGGGCCUUCCUCAAGUACUCAAAGGUGAAGAAUCAGACCAUAGACCCUAAACUGCAAGAACACCUCUCCCAGUUUAAGAACCUGGAAGAUUUCAGGGUGGUGCCCCCAAUGGGAGAGGAAGGAGGCAGGAGGAGACUGCACUCAUCGUCUGCGGGGGACGAUGCCAGACGUCGACGUCACCCCUCCAACUCUACCUCAAAAGCGGCGGCGUCCAAAGCGCAGCACAAAGACGGAGGAGGCCAGAAGAAGGCUACCGAGGAGCCCCGAGCCGGGAAGGACGCCCAAUGA